AUGGCGUUUUCUUUAAUUGAUAGAUUAAAUUUACAGAAGAUCAAAUUUGUUGAUGCUGCAAUAAUUCUUAGAAAUCAAUGGAAAUUAAUUGGGGAAUGUAAGUUAAUUCCAUUAGGUAGAGGUUUCUUUACCAUCAAAUUGGAUAAUGCUACAAACCGUAAUUACAUCAAAUCUCAAGUAUGGGAAGUUACAGAUCAAAUCUUGAAGGUUAGAAAUUGGGUGUAUAAUUUUCGACCUACCAGUAAAAGAACUUCUAAUGCUUUUGUUUGGGUGAGAUUUCCAGGUUUAGGUCUUGAAUUCUGGAGUGAAUCAAUUCUGUUCAAAAUUUGUAAAGAAAUAGGAACUCCAAUUAAAAUUGAUGAGGCAACAACUAAAUAUGAUGUUGGAUAUUAUGCAAAUGUCUUGGUUGAGGUAGAUUUUGCUUCUUCAGUUCCAAACAAAGUAUGGAUUGGGACUAAAUAUGGGGUUUUCUUUUCAAGAGAAAACAUAAUUACUCCACAACAACCUAAGAGUUCCUCAGAAAUUCUUCAGCAGCCUAAAUCAAGUUCAACAAACAAUUUGAAUGCUUUAUCUUCAGCAAGUGUCACUAGGUCAUUGCCCUUUGAUAUUUGUGAUACAUCAGCAGAUGACAAUGAAGACCCUGUCAUCCAUACAAUUCAUGUUACUCCAACAGUUCCAGUUCAUCAAAUUAUUCACACUGCUACUACUGGGAGAUUCAGUCCUCUUGAAUGUGUUCAAGAAAAUAUUCUUGAAGAUAUUGUGGUUAAUGAAGAUAAGACAGCAGAUGUUGUAGAAACUCCUCAAAUCAAAUUUGUAGAUGGAAAGACAGGGACAGUCUCUAAUAAAACUGUUAAGGUUACUUCAUGGUCAAAAGUGGUUGAAAACAAAGUGAUUAAUCCUACUUCUACUUCUUCCACUUCUCAACAUUCUCCAGGUGCAGCUAAAGGUGGUAAUCCAAUUGUUACAAAUAAGAAACAUAAUCUCAGACAAAAUCAUGGUAAGGGAGGUACCAAAAAUCCUCCACUACCAAGAUGA